AUGUUCCAAGCGGAACGCCGAGAUGUGGCUUACCAGCCACCCAAGCUAAGUGCACCGAAGGAGCAGGAUCAGCCCCGCUUGGUCCACGUUCCAGAUCCUGAUCGGGAGGACAUGUACUUUCCGGACAUCUGGUUACGUGAUAACUGCCUUUGCAAGGAGUGCUUUCUGCCACAGACUUUGAGUAGGUUGCCCCAGCUGUGGAACAACCUGGACACAAGUGUCCGGGUUCUGCGGCACAGUGUGGAUAGAGAUCAGAAGAUCCUGUUCAUAGAGUGGUCCGAUGGACACGCUUCCCAGUAUCCUUUCAGUUGGUUGAGGGAACGGGACUUCUCACCUGCAAAUCGCCAGCGUUACCUGCGCGAAUGUUAUCGCCCGGAGCAGAUAUUGUGGAGCGGACAGGACUUUGAGCAAAUUCGUCAAGUUUUCUACUACGAAGAAUUGAUCAGCUGUGAUGCCGCACUGAGACAAUGGCUUUACCACCUGGCAGUGUAUGGAGUAGCUAUGGUGAAGGACGCUCCUCUGGAAAUGGAUGUCCUUCGAAGAUUAUCCAAUCGAGUUGGAUUCAUGAGACGCACCACCUAUGGAGAGGAAUUCAGUGUUCGAGCUCAACCCGGAGCCAGUAAUUACGCCUAUUUAGCAGCCCCUCUUCCUCUCCACACAGACAUGCCUUACUUGGAGUAUCUGCCUGGGGUAACCAUGCUCCACACCUUGGAACAGUCAGCUUCUCCGGGUGGAGUCAAUCUGCUAGCCGAUGCCUUUUAUGUGGCAGAAAUGAUGCGGGAUCGAUAUCCAGAGCAGUUCCGUGUUCUCUGCCAGACUCCUGUGGAUUGGGCGGAUAUUGGCAGCGACGGUGAUCUUAAGUUCCACAAUAUCUGGAGGGCACCGGUGAUCAACUUGGACGCCGAGGGGCAGUGUAUGCGCAUCAACCACAGCAUUCCGCAGCGCGACAGCCACUUCAGCGUGCCUGUGGAGCAGGUGCGUCCGUGGUAUGAGGCGAUGGCGACCUUUGUGGGUUUGGCCCAUGAGCACUCGUCCCGAUUCAAGACCACGCCCGGCGACGUGCUCACGUUUAACAAUCUGCGACUGGUUCACGGACGAACCGGUUACGAUGAUACGGAGCACAAUGUGCGCCACAUUCUGGGCGCCUUCAUCGACUGGGACAUCGUGUACUCGCGCCUGAGGGUGCUCCGAAAUGCCAGGCAGCUCACCUGA